CGUUUCUUGUAUUUAAUUAGAAUCUCUUCUCGCGAUCUCAAACACAUCUCUUCAGAAAACACUUUGCGACAGUAAAGAAAACAUCAUAUCGACGAUGAAUAGAUACUGCUUAAUGAACCAUUUUAGAUUGGUAAACGGACAUGCAGAAUGCAUUUAUUGUGUGCAACCAUUUCAAAUUCAAGUAAUUCAAAACACGGAACUUUUAAAACAACACCUAAGGAAUGCACAUUCAAAUUACUGCCAACAACGUAUUGAUGGAUUAGGUCAUGAGAGCUUUGAUUAUUUGGCGGCCACUCUUUUCCACAUAACACGAAAUGAAGACGUAAAGUGUAAAUUGUGUGAGACCAGAUUUAAUGUGCCAACAUCUGCUUUGACGGAACUAAGAAAUCAUAUAAUAAAUACUCAUGUAUUUAUCCUAGUGCAACAACAGCUCUAUCGACGAUUGGAUUAUGAUUAACAAGUCGUCGAGCUUCGGUUCAAUAAAGGAUGCAGAGAUUUCGGAAAAAAUACUAAGGACAAUGCAUUAUCAUGGCCAUAAACAAUUAUUUACAACAUUUAUAAUUAACAUUUUCGUUUUAAUGACCUAAAUUCAGCGCGAUUGAUAAAAUAAAACAAAAUCUGACAUCGUUGACAAAUUUAUCACUUUAACUUUCUAAUCACGUAGCGUAAAUUAUAAAGAUCAUUAAAUCUUUAUAAUUAUAUCAAAU